AUGUUCAAUUAUUACAAUAAAGUUGCUGGAGAAUACCAGGAAGUUAAAAUAAAAUAUGAGGAAACUCUCAUCACAUUUGAAACAACAAAACAUGUGACAGAAGCAAUAAAUGAAGAACAAUCAGCACCACACAAAGAAACUACAAAUGCAAUGGCUUCAUCUACAAAUGUUCCACAGGAUAAAUCUAAAAAACCUACAAAAUGUUUAAACGUUCAUGUCAAAUAUAAUGCUUUAAAAGAAAUUCUCAUCCUUGAUUUCCGCGCGUAUGAAUAUGAAUGGAACCUCAUCUCGAUUAUUGGUUUUUAUCAUAAUUUCGACAUCGCUCGAAUUCCAGAGGACUCAUUUAAAAGUAUUCUUGAUGAUGAGCUACCUUUAGAAUGCUUCUACCCAAAAGCAAACGACAAUUAUCAGAAAAUAUUCAAAGUUGAUAUUUCUAAAAUUGAAAGACACGUUUUCAGGAAAGAGUUCACGAUUGAAAUAUCAUACAUGUUACUUGACGAUGUUGAUAAGAAAAUAUUCAGAUCAAAAUAUGAUUUUGAUUUGCACGAGGCAUUGACAAAUGAUGAUAUCAAUAUAUUAACAGAAAUCAAUCAGUAUCAACGUCAACCUCUGGCAACACGGACUCAUAACUUCUUUCGUAUGAUUAAAUAUGCUCUAAAUGUUGAAGACUUGGAAAGUCAGAAUGAACUUAAAGAAUUCAUUUUGCCACAUAUUCAACUAGAAUAUUCGAAAGACAGCAAACAAUAUUGGAUUCCCAUCGAAGGAUAUCAACUUCCUCGUGAUUACAAAGAGAUGUCAAUUUGUUUAGUUCCAAUGGAGAAAUAUCGAGAAGGAAAAAUGAACUUUGAAAAGGAUUGCAUUUAUUCACAAAUAGAAAAUUACAUGAAUGGUAAAAUUUAUUUAGUUAAAAAGAUUCCAAAUUUCCAUCAGCCACAAUCAAAACCAACACUCAACUUGUCAUGUAAAUAUUGUCUGCGUUUCAUUCCCAAUCGAAUCACUUACCGUGCGUGUUUUCAAGCUAUUGAAACUAUUGGUGUACACGGUUUAAGUGAUUAUUUCAAUGACUUUGAGUACUCUGGAUUUGAUAAAUAUCGAGUAAAAGAUAACAUAAUAGAAGAUUUUAGCUGGUUCAAUAAACAGAUUGAAACAAAUGAAGAGCAAAAGACAGCAAUCAAAAACAUUGUCAAUUGUACGGCAUAUCCGUUCCCUUACGUUGUUUUUGGACCACCAGGAACUGGAAAGACAACUCUUAUUGUUGAAUGUAUCGCACAAAUUCUGAAAGAGAGACCAACGAAUCACAUUCUAGUCACAGCUCAAUCAAACAGCGCUUGUGAUGAAAUUGGAAACAGAUUGCUGAAAUUUAUUCCACGAGGAAAGAUUUAUCGCUUUUAUUCGUCUUCACUUUUGAAUUCCGGUAAUGCCGAAGCUUCUCAAGUUCUUCUUGAAACGUCAAAUUUGAGAAAUGGAAACAACGAAUACCCUACGAAGGAAGAAUUCUUUCAUUUCAAUGUUGUGAUUAUUACGUUGACAACAUGUUCGCGUUUAGUUCAGGCGAAAUGCGACAAUAUCAAUAAACAUUUUGAUUAUAUCUUCGUCGAUGAGUGUGCUGCAGCAACUGAACCUGAAGCUUAUAUUCCAAUCGUUGGUUUCGGAACCGGAGACAGAAAUAUCACAACAAAUGUUGUGCUUAUCGGAGAUCACAAACAGUUUGGACCUGCCGUGAAAUCUCAUUUCGCUGAAGACCUUGGAUUAGGUGUCAGCUUAAUGGAGCGAAUCAUGACAAAGUCAAAGUACAAAUUAAGGCCAGACAAUUCGUAUGAUCAAAAGUACAUCACUCAAUUGCUUAACAAUUUUCGCUCACAUCCAGCAAUACUUCAAUUCUCAAAUAUUUUAUUCUACAAUUCAAAACUUCGUGCAAAAAUUUCGGAGCCUGAGAGAAGUCUUGGAACUCGAUGGAACUUUAUCCGAAAUAAAAAAUUCCCAAUCCUCUUUCAUUGCACUAAGACACCGAGUCAGAUUGUUAUCAAUGGCACAAGUUCAUUCAAUGAAGGUGAAAUCGAAAAAGUAAAAUUCUAUGUGGAUAUUUUACUCAUGAAAGGUAUCGAUGGUGUUAAAAUCAACCCUGACGACAUUGGCAUUGUGUCGCCCUAUAAAGCUCAACUUUUAAAAUUAAAACAAAAAUUUAAUGCAGAAAUUUAUCGAAACCUUGAAAUGGGAACUGCAGAAUAUUAUCAAGGACGAGAGAAGAAGAUUAUUAUAAUCUCAACAGUCAAAUCAUACGGAAGUGUAGGAUUCCUGAAAUGUGAGAAACGUUUGAAUGUUUGCAUUACACGUGCAAAAUCUCUUCUUAUUCUGAUUGGAAAUGGGGACACAUUGAAACAAAACCCCUUAUGGAACUCUUUCUUGCAAUUCUGUGAAGCUAAUGAUGGUUGUGUUGGAAAGACGAAUACAAUUUUUGGAGGAUUCGGACAGUGUCAACAAGAAAAUAAAAUCGCUGAAAUUGGACAAAUUACUGGAAAAAAUGGAAUAAAACAAAAUGGAAUUCACAGUUUCAAAAACUUCUUGAAAUUUUAG